CGCAAGUGUUCCGUGCGCGCUGUUGGAAAAUCGUUGUUCGCCGUUUCUCAAGCAAUCACCCAUCGGCGGAACCAGUGUUUCGACGCAGUGGCACAGUGAAAUGUCCCGGCAAAGUACCCGUCUCGAUACGAAGAAAGUGUGAUAAGUUUUUGUAAGCCGCGUGUGAGUGUGCGUGUUCCGUUCCGCGGCGUCGUCGUCGUCGUCCUGCCGGAUGGUGUUCGCUCGAAGACGCGACGACCGAGUGCGUGUUUUUCGAUGUUCAGGCAAACGGAGACGGCAUCCGGAAACAAGCGCAAGAAACCGUUCCCACGGCGGAAGGCCUGCGUAGUGGCGCGAGACUAGUGGCCCCUUCGGCAGCAGCAUGCCCGGGUUAAGCGCGAAUAACGCACUGUAAACGUUGUCCCCCCGAUCCUCUUUUGAAGCUAACCCACCCCACAUAUCCUGAAAUGAUCGGUAUGAACAACAAUUCGGCAGUGGCAAACGCGUACGGUGGCGUCACGCUUUCCGAUCUUACCGGCGCGACGGCGGGCGCAACCACCGGUGGCCUACAGCUGGUGCAGCUGAGCCAAGUAAUGCCGGAUCCGAACACGCAGCAUCUGUUCAUGCAAAGUCUGCAGCAGCAGCUCGCCGGAAAUCCGCAGCAGCAAGCCAUACAGGUCAUUCCAAUCGGAGCCUUUCCCCAGCAGGCGAUGGCCGUGGCGACGCCGAGCCCAGCGGCGGGGACAACGCUGCAGGCGGCUCCGCCCCAGCAACAGUUUCUACAGUACUCACUGGACGGUGGCCAAACGUUCGUUUACCAAGCAAUCCCCACACCGGAGUACCAGAGCGUCAGUCUGCCGCUGGUGCAGCUGCCAACGGGACAGUCGCUGGGCACGCCCGGUGCGGCCCUUGCCUUUGCCCCGGUUCCGGGGCCAACCGUGGCGCACGCGUUGCCCGCACAGAUGGCUCAGAACACAAACGCUAUCGAUACUAGCGCCAUGCAAAAUAUCAUUAGCGCCCCGGUGACGCUAGCGGCACCUCAAAUGAUCAAAGCGACGGACGUGACGACGCCACCGUUUCCGGUCGUACAAAGCCCCCCUUCGCAGCCUCAGCCCACCAUGGUCGCGACCAGUACGGCGGGCCCGAGCAUGAGUAGUACCUGUAGCACGUCGACGACACCAUCGCAGUCCGCCCCGAGCCCGGCCUCGUGCAGUGACACCAACAUCCAGGAUGAAGGAGCGGGGGAACUGGAGCAGGAGCCACUGUACGUGAACGCGAAGCAGUACAACCGAAUUCUCAAGCGCCGACAAGCCCGGGCCAAGCUGGAAGCGAUGGGAAAGAUUCCAAAGGUGCGGCCCAAGUAUCUGCACGAGUCACGGCACCGGCACGCGAUGAACCGGGUGCGGGGCGAAGGUGGCCGCUUCCACUCGACCGAAAUGAAGUACAUCGAGGUGACGGAAGGAGAAGAGUACUUGGAUGGCACCGAGCUACUAGCGAAAAAUAGCGAGUAAACAGCUGUUUUACCAUCGGAGCGGACACAUUUUAAGUUGCCCGGCCGUUCGGGCGGUGGAAGAUUUCGAAAGCAUUGUACAUACAUCGAGCGGGAAGUGAACGGACAGAUAAUUUUUAAUGUAAACCACACGUGUUUAGAAAAAAUAA